CAGAGGCCGCAUAUCAGGAAGUGCAGGUGCAUAAUGAGUGUCAUGCUUUAUACGAGCAGGAAAGGCGGAUAAACUACGGCUACCUGAUCAUAUUUGACGUUGGGUAAGAACAUUAAUCACAGUUGUCAAACUAGCAUAGCAUUCGAAUAGCUUACAGUAGCAAUCGGCAGUUUAAGCUUCGGGUCUGAUUGUUGUUAUUGUUAAUUGAUGGCAACUGAGCUGAGCUGCUCAGUCAGUGCUAACAUCUCAUCCUAAAUCACCACGGGAGAAGUGAAACAUGCCAAAUUGUUGUUAGUGGAUAUUUGUUUGAAAUGAUAUGUUGUACAAUGACAAAAAAACGACACUUUUGAAUAGUGAAGAGCUCCCUUCCGAACCUGGACCUGUCACUAGCUAGCAUAUUUAGCAUGGCUAGCACGGCUAGCAUAGCUUACCCAGUCUCUCGCAUGACAUUACUGUCUCCACAGUCGCAGGCCCCACCAGCCUGGCUCCGGAACAUGUUGAAGUCAUGGCUUGUAUGGUCUCCGUUAUUGAAACACUCCGCGCACAGUGACAUGCAAGGGGAGAUCCCGCACGUCCGGCAUCGAUAUGCCACAAAAUUAGCCGUCCACACCAAGCCGCACAGGGUGGCGUUGUCAUAAGACCGGACCGUUUUGCAGAACUCCUCGAAACCUUCGCCUCCUGCGAUUAGACAUUUACACCAGUCCAGCGCCUCCGUGUCCGUCGCCGGUUUUUCGGGAUUUAGCACGACAUCCAGCAGCUCCUGGAGUUGUCGAAGGCCAGAGGUGUUGUCAGUCCGGUUUAAGUCUGCCUUCAGAUGGGCGGCAGCAGCUUUCUUGUCCCGGCGUAGCAGCGACGCCGCCAUCAUUCGCUGGCUUGUUGUCCACAAAUUUAUUUUUGUUGUCUUGUGUCCAUGUUCUCGUACGUUCUCGCGAUACUUCCCGUUGUUGGCGAUGGUAUUUUUUAAUUUGAAAUGCUUCUUAUUGCUCGCACGAAGCAGUGUUACGAGAAAAAAACACAAUUACAAAUUAAUUUCAUAUUGAACAUUGUAUCAAUAAUUUUAAAGACAUUGCUUGAGUGAGUCUAAUUCGCGUCUGUGCUUCACAAGGUUCAUCAGUUUGGACACACCUACGUAGGAGUUGUUUGUUGUCUUUCUGCUUCUAGGCAACAGACAACCUCAUUGGGGCCAUCCCAUGAGUACUAUAAAAACUACAUGUAAAUGUAAUACUCUAAAUAUAAUUAAAUAUAAAUAUAAAGGUCUAAAUAUAAAUAGAUAAAAAUAACAGAUAAAAAUACACCCUGGACUGGUGGCCAGCCAAUCACAGGGCACAUAUAGACAAACAACCAUUCACACUCACAUUCAAACCUAUGGACAAUUUUGGAGUCGCCAAUUAACUUAGCAGGUUUUUGGAAUGUGGGAGGAAACCAGAGUACCCGUAUAAAACCCACGCGUGCACGAGGAGAACAUGCAAACUCCACACAGAGAUGGCCGAGGUUAGAAUUGAACUAGGGUCGCAUAGCUGUGAGGCCUGCAUGCUAGCCCCGGCAGGCAAUAAAUGUUGUGAUUUGUUUUAUUUUUUAGUUAUAAGAUAUUCAUCAUCAUCAAUUAUAUUACACAAUAAGUUGUAUUACAUAAGAUAUUAAAAUUAUUUCUAAAUAUGUAUUCCGCUGAAAAACUAAAACUGCACAAGAGCGGAACAUUACUUAUGUGUGUUGUUUCCGUAACUGAUGGGAUUGUUUUCAAUGAUGCACCAAUACGGAAGUUGUCAAAAACUACAGGAAAACGUAACAAAAGUCGCCUCUUUGGCAUUUUAUGGACAAGUUAGGACCCGCUUAGCUACACGUAAUGAAACUUAAAGAGUUGGAAAGUUAUCUACAACAAGUGGAUACAUUUGAAGAGCCCAAAAUCCUUCUGGAGCAAUACCCGACUAGUGCGCAUAUUGCUGGAUGUAUGCUUUACACAAUUCACAGCACAUUUGAUGACAUUGAGGGUAAACUAGUAGCAGAUCUAGGAUGUGGCUGCGGCGUCCUCAGCAUCGGGGCGGCGAUGCUUGAAGCAGGACUUUGCGUCGGAUUCGACAUUGACAAGGAUGCACUGGACACAUUCAGAGGGAAUGUGGAGGAAUUUGAGGUUUCCAACGUUGAUCUGGUCCAGUGUGAUGUGUGUACGCUGAGGGCAGAAGACUAUGCCAACAAGUUUGACACUGUCAUCAUGAAUCCUCCUUUUGGAACUAAACACAACCAGGGUAUGGACAUGAAGUUUUUAAGAGCAGCUCUAACGAUGGCAAAGACAGCUGUGUAUUCACUACACAAAACAUCAACACGAGAGCACAUAGAAAAGAAGGCCAACGACUGGGGAGUGAAGAUGGACGUCAUUGCAGAACUGAGAUACGAUUUGCCAGCUUCUUACAAGUUUCACAAAAAAAAAUCGGUGAGUUUAUGGGCAGCAGCUCCAACACUCCUCCCGUGUCAUUUAUUUGAAAUUCACUAUGAAAACUUAAAAAAUAGCAAACCUUUAUUUCUGUAUGGAAUCUUGAGGGGUAAAAAAAAAAAAAAGAACACACAGGCAUGAUGAUUCUGUUUCUCGCAACUAAAGUGUGUUGAAAUGAAAUUAGCAUCCAAGAGCAGAAAGUUACGCAUAAUAAAAAUGAAAUUCUCUUAAGAGUAACUCAGGUGCGUAUGGAAGAGAGUUCUAAAGGACUUGAAAAACUGACAGCAAACUUUCCACUGGCUUCUUCUCUAGGUUGACAUCCAGGUGGAUUUCCUGCGCUUCUCCAGAGCUUGACGUUUUGCUUUUUUGUUGUUGUUGUUGGAAUGGACUUUAGUUUGCCUUUGUAUCGAAUAAAUGUUUUCACCAAAAGAAAUCUUCAGUGUGGUCUUGUCACUAAGAUCCAUUUUCAGUUUUGGGCACCUUUGCUGCAGGACCAUCAGCAUCUUCUAGUUCUCUCUUGGGGGCCACGGGGCCUGGGGAGGGGGUGAAAGCACAAAGUCAACAUUGUCGUCUUUAUCGUCAAAACACAAGAGCACAUGUUGAGCCGUUUUACCGUCUUCAUCGUCGCUGUCAAAUU